AUGGUGUCGCGCCCCCACUCCUCCCUCACACCACCCACACAGCCCCCACCCUCACCUCACACCACCCACAGCCUCCCACUCCCUCACACCACCCACAGCCCCCACUCCUCCCUCACACCACCCACACAGUCCCCACUCCCUCACCUCACACCACCCACACAGCCCCCACUCCCUCCUCACAUCUCCCACACAGCCCCCACUCCCUCACUCACACCUCCCACACAGCCCCCACUCCCUCACCUCACACCUCCCACAGCCCCCUCCCUCACCUCACACCUCCCACAGCCCCCACUCCCUCACAUCUCCCACACAGCCCCCACUCCCCCACCUCACACCUCCCACACAGCCCCCACUCCCCCACCUCACACCUCCCACAGCCCCCACUCCCUCCCUCACACCACCCACACAGCCCCCACUCCCCCACCUCACACCACCCACAGCCCCCACCCUCCACUCACACCUCCCACAGCCCCCACUCCCUCACUCACACCUCCCACACAGCCCCCUCCCUCACACCACCACACAGCCCCCACUCCCUCACACCACCCACAGCCUCCCACUCCCUCACCUCACCACCCACAGCCCCCACUUCCUCACCUCACACCACCCACACAGCCCCCACUUCCCUCACCUCACACCACCCACACAGCCCCCACUUCCCUCACCUCACACCACCCACAGCCCCCACUCCCUCCUCACACCUCCCACAGCCCCCACUCACCUCACACCACCCACACAGCCCCCACUUUGUUUUUACACUAG